AUGCUGGCCUCGCUGAGACAAGUUCUGCCUGGCGGUGCCCGGUGCAUGAACACGCUGGCGAGACAUUUUCCGCAGGGGUCCACCUUGCGCUCCUGGUGCCGCGGUCGGCGAUGGUUUGCUCGCGAGACCGGGGUGGUUGUGAAGUGGGACGAGAAGCGCGGCUUCGGCAAGGUGCAGUGUGCGGAUGGUCGAGAGCUCUUCGUGCAUAGCAGCUACCUGCAACAGACACCCAUGACUGAAGGUCAGACGGUGAGCUUCGAGGCGCGCUGGAACGAGCAGAAGAAGCAGCAUCAUGCAGUCGAUGUCGGCCCCGUGGAGUCGAGCCGCCCAAACACGGCACAGCUGCCAGAUCUCGUGGGAAGUGCAAAGAUUCCACAGCCGGAGCUGAUCCAGGUGGAUCCCAUCACCCUGCCUCCCGAUGCCACGGAUCGGCAGCACCUCGAGAUGCUGACGGCACAGCGCCUGGGCAGGAUUUUGAGGCUUCCAACCUCCGGGACUUCGUGA